GCGUACCGUUCUGAUCAUGCCUGAAACCACCGUCAAAGCGCCCAAGAAGGGCUCAAAGAAAGCCGUGUCUAAGAGCGUCAGUAAGAGCGGCAAGAAGAAGAGAAGGACCAGGAGGGAGAGCUACGCCAUCUACGUGUACAAGGUGCUGAAGCAGGUCCACCCCGACACCGGCAUCUCGUCCAAGGCCAUGGGCAUCAUGAACUCGUUUGUGAGCGACAUCUUUGAGCGCAUCGCCGGUGAGGCCUCCCGUCUGGCUCACUACAACAAGCGCUCCACCAUCACUUCCAGGGAGAUCCAGACCGCCGUCCGCCUGCUGCUGCCCGGUGAGCUGGCCAAGCACGCUGUGUCUGAGGGCACCAAGGCCGUCACCAAGUACACCAGCUCCAAGUAAACAGUCUUGUUGACUCUGAGACUAAACCAACGGCUCUUUUAAGAGCCACCCACUUUAUCUGAAGAUCAGUUCCCUUUGUAUUUAGUGUUGCUAUGUUAAUGAUGUAUUUACUAUGUAUGGCCAACUGUACAUACAUGCUAAAUGUGAACUUUAAUUUAACACUAUCUCUUUUCUAAUCCAGAUAAAUUUACCUUUUUGAAAGAAUCAGAAGUAAACUACAGUAAGCAGCUCAUUUUCUGUAUAUCUAACAUUUACAUUUGGUGUAUUAACAGAUUGUAGUGUGUUAUCAUGUGAACAUACUACUUUUGGGUUUUGUUGAAUCAUUUAGUGAUAGGUCCUAUUUUCUACACUUAAAAUUUCACUAUUUCAGAAACAAAUGUAUCCUUUCAUAAAUGGUUCCAAAGAGAAACAAUGAACAGUUUGUCUAUACA